AUGGAACCGUAACAUUGAGAUCCGACAAAUUUACCAGUUUUUAUUACUUUCCAGUACUCCUUUCUUUUUUCUCUUUGUAGGAGACUCGGGAAAAAUUAUCGAUUGUUGUCUUCAAAAUCAAAACCCUAAAUAAGAAAGAAUCCCAUCAGAAGGAAUGAGUACGGGAUCUUCUGAUCAGAGUUCAGAAGAGAUGAGUGACCUUCAUAAAGAUGAGGGUUCUGCUCAUGUCAAAAAAUUAGACCUUAAUCCAUUAGAAAGUAAACAAGAGGGUGAAGUUUAUGAUCAUAGAUCUCAAGUGGAAUUGAAUCAGGAGGAGGAGGAAGAGGACGGGCAAAUCUCGUCACCUCCUGAUGUGAGGUAUGAUGAGGAGAGGAAAGCAAAUGGCAAUGGUAUUGAAACAUUACAGUCUUUCGAAGGCGAGACCCAAGUAGUAAAUAACAAAUUGUCUCGAGAAUCUAACUCCCCUAUGGUGGAAGAUACUUUAGGUAGUGGAGCAGGAAUUGGAAAUGUUCGUGAUGAAGAAUCGAAUAAAAAUUCAGGCAAAACUGAACUUGCCUUUAAUGAAGUGGUAGAUGGAGGUUCUGAGUUUAUUGAAAGAGAUCGGUAUAAUAAUUGUGAAACUAAGAAAGAUGCUUCUUAUUAUUCAAGUAAGUCACCACAGAAUAGUGAUAGACUGGAAGGUAGGAUGAGGUCUCCUUCUGCGCAACAAACUGCUGGUCGGAGAUUGUCUUCUUCACCAAAGGGAGUUCGUGAAUUAUCCCAUGCCCCUGGGUCGCCUAGACGGAGACCCUCAGAUUCUCCUACAAAACGAAAUUCUACUUCUCCUGGGAGGCGGACUCGGCAAGACCUUAAGCGGAAGGAUGAUCCUGAUAGGAAGCGCCAUGUAGCAUCCCCACGAAAACACUACUCUCCUCCUGAUCGCAAAAGGAAAGAGAGAUUGGCAUCUCGAUCUCCCACGAGGCGGAGGGAGUCCACUUCUGGAUAUAGAAGAGAUAAUCGUGAUAGAUCUAGAUCAAGGUCCCCAUAUGCAAGAGACCGUCAUCAGAUAUCCCCAAGGAGGAGGUAUUCCCCAAGGCGCAGGUCUCCACCAGGGAGCCAUUCUCGUCAUCGCUCUCCUAGAAGGAGGCCUUGGUCACCACCUCCGAACCGUAACACUGGAAUCGGUAAACCUGGAAAGAAUUUGUUUGUCGCAGGAUUUAGUUUCGUUACUACAGAGAAGGAUCUUGAAAGAAAAUUUUCAAGGUUUGGCCGUGUAAGAGAUGUUCGCAUUGUGCGGGAUAAAAGGUCUGGGGAUUCUCGUGGUUUUGGUUUUUUAUCAUUGGAAAGAGAUGAAGAUGCGGAUGCAGCAAUUCGGGCUCUUGACCAAACUCAAUGGAAUGGUCGUGUUGUCCUGGUGGAGAAAUCUAAAGCGCCUGCGAGCUAAAGCAUAUAAUUUUCUGGUUUGGCUGAAGAAGAUCCUAUGUGCAGUUUAAAUCUAUUCCCUGCAGCAAUAUUAUAAUUUCUGGAUACAUCGCAAGUAGGCUUGUUGCAAGACUCUAUGUUUGGUUCGUAGAACAUGUUUCCAAUGUUGUCAAAUGGAACUAUCACUUUAAAGGUUACCUUCAAGAAUCUUGGUGUUAUCAUGGUUGUUUACUCAUCUCUAGAUUAAGUAACAGAUGUCUUUUGCUAUUUGCUGUAAUCCACUAUCUCUUCCUCUUACACAAAUGACAAUUUGCAUAAAAUCCUGUUUCAGGGUUCACUGGCGAUUAGAAAUGAAAGUCGUGUACCUUCUUAUGUGCCUAAGAAUAUAUAGCUGAAGUUCGUUGUACCAUGAUUGCACUUACUCGUAUUCCAGAGCGAUUAUUCUGGGCAUCAUGUACUUCAGUUCAGUACCUUGCUAAAAGAGUGCAUUGGUGAAUCGUGCCCUUAAUCAUAAUCUUUCUAUUUGUGCUCGUCGAACGCCGCAUCACUUCUUUUUGGAGUUUUUUUUUAUGGUGCAGGUGUCAUCUUACCAUUAUCUUAAUUAUUUAGGCGAACUCGACCAUGCAGUAGUUAAGUCUGGGAAAAUGCAUUCACUUAGAACCUUACGGACUUGAGUGCGGUUGGUGUUUUGUGGUGCAUGUAUCUUUCAUAUUCUACAUCUCAAGUUGCUGUCUGAUCUUCUAUCUGGACUUAUUAGGUGCUUGGUGAUUACACGGUUUGAGUGAUUCUAAUUCUUGUCGGGAUUAUCUUCUUUUUCCUUUUCCAUUUUCAUGUUGUUCUUGUUGUUUGCAUUUUUACUAGCUCAUCAUAUGGAGCUUCCUUUGUGUUGCAGCAGGAUAUGUUCUUAACAAUACCCUGUAGGCAAAUUUGAUGACUUUAACCCUUACUCA